GCAUACGAGGUCAGAUUUCCCUCCUUUACGACGUUAAUAACAACGUCACAGUCUCUUGUAGGGUCAGUUGUGUCCCAGAGUCAUCAUCAUCAUUCUUCGUUGUCUCGGACUGACUAGUCCUCGUUUGAGAAACAAACAAAGGUUUGAGACGCAUUUUCAUCUUAGAAGCUACCGUGAAUUACAUCUUGAUUACGUAUCGAACUUUAUUUGGGUAGUGAAUGUUUUUAAAUACACUGUACCAAUAGUGUACUUAGGUCAUUCAGAGCUUCCUACGUAG